GCCCCAGGUUUCCAUGGCUGCGGAGGUGCUUUGGGAACCUAAUCGGGGCAGUGUGACCUUUGAGGAUGUGGCUGUGUACUUCUCCUGGGAGGAAUGGGCUCUCCUUGACGAGGCUCAGAGAUGCCUGUACCACGAUGUGAUGCUGGAGAACUUUGCACUUACAUCCUCACUGGGCUGUUGUCAUGGAGUAGAAGAUAAGGGAGCACCUUCUGAAAAAAGCAUUUCUGUAGAAGGAAUGUCACAGAUCAAGACUCUCAAGGCAGAUUCAUCUCCCCAGAAGGGCCAGCCCUUUGAGAAGUGUGGCCCAGUCUUGAGAGAUAAUUUUCACUUGCCUGAGCAUCAGGAAGCACAUCUUGGACAGAAACCGUACAUGUGUGGGAAUCGAUUCUAUAUCUCUGCCAACCUUCAGCAAUACCGGGGGCAACACAUUAGAGAGAUACCCAUCAGAACUUCUGUGGACACAGCCUUGAUUAUAAAGAGCUGCAGAACCCGUGUGUCAAGGGAAUCCUUUUUCUCUAAAGGAAUAAGGACAGACAACUUAGCCAGCAUGGGAUUUUUCCAUCAACCUGUCUCUCACACUAAUGAGAACCCAAACAACAGUAAUGAAUGUGACACUGUCUUUCACAGUGGGGAAAGGCAUCGGAACUGGGGAGAAGGCAAAAAAAUCCUCAGCUGCACAGACACACUUGUUGAGGACCAACGAGUCCUCACUAGAGAAGGGCUUUAUGAGUGCAGCAAAUGUGGAAAAACCUCUACCCGAAGGUGGAAUCUCAUUCAGCACCAGAAAGUCCACACUGGAGAAAGGCCGUAUGAAUGCCAUGAAUGUGGAAAAUCCUUUACCCGAAGCAACAGCCUGAAGACCCACAGGAAAGUUCACACUGGAGAAAAACCUUAUGGGUACAAAGAAUGUGGAAAAUCUUUUAGUCAAAGAUCCAACCUUGUUCAACAUCAGAAAGGUCACCAUGGAAAACGGCUUCAUCAGUGUGGUGAAUGCGGAAAAUCCUUUAGCCGAAGCUCCACCCUCAUUCAUCACAGGAGACUUCAUACAGGAGAAAGACCUUAUGAGUGCAGUAAAUGUGGGAAAUCCUUUAAGCAAAGUUCUAGCCUCAGUUCACAUCAGAAAAUCCACACAGGAGAAAGGCCUUAUGAGUGUAGGGAAUGUGGAAAAUCAUUUAGCUGCAAAUCUAACCUCAUUAUCCACCUGAGAGUUCACACUGGAGAGAGGCCUUAUGAGUGUCAGGAAUGUGCAAAAUCCUUUAGCUGCAAAUCUAACCUCAUUAACCACCUGAGAGUUCAUUCUGGAGAAAGGCCUUAUGAUUGUACAGAAUGUGGACAAUCUUUUACUCAAAGAUCCAUCCUCAUUCAACAUCAGAGAAUUCAUACUGGAGAGAGGCCUUAUGAAUGUCAUGAAUGUGGGAAAUCUUUUAGCCGAAAAUUUAGCCUCAUUUACCACCGGAAAGGUCACACUGGAGAACGGCCUCAUCUGAGAAAAGAACGUGGGAAAUCUUUUAAUUGCAAAUCUAACCUCAAUGAACACCUGAAAAUUCACACUGGAGAAAGAUCUCAUGAGUCUGGGGACAGUGGAAGAUCCUUUAGCCACAGUUCCAGCCUCAUUCAGCAGUAGAGGGUUCACAGUGAAAAAUAUCUUAAGAGUGCAGUGAAUGUGGGCAGUCUGUUAGCUGCUAAUAUGGCCUCAUUUAAUACUAGAGACUUCACCCUAGUGAAGGGCCUUAGAUGUGCCAGCAGAUGCAGUUACUUCUAGUAUAAUUACACUGGAGGAAAGAAGUUGUGAGGGAGCCAUCUACCUGAAUAACCCUAACCCUAACCCUAACCCUGAAUUAAAGCUGAAUUAAAAAUCUUCAGUAGGGGCAUUCCCCUAAAAUUCCAGGUAUGUGAGAAUCUCUUAGGAGUUGUGUUACAGUUUCUUACCUCCCAGGACCCUCACCAGCUUUAUGUCACUGCCAGUUCUGUUUCAGAAUUCAUUUUCAUCUCUAUCACCUGGCAGAUCCACAUACCUGGCAGUGUACAUAAAUUACCUCCCAACAUGCUUAGGUAAGCUGACCUCUGUCCCAUCUCCUUAGGGGACGGAAGUAAUGAGUAGUCUUAGCUCAUAUGGCAUCUUCUUUCCCUUCUCAUUUCCACAGUAGGGCGUGAACCUCAUUCAGUUUGGGCCCAGUGGACCCAGUCUGAAUUCUGUGGGUGACUUGACAGA